AUCCAGAAAUAUAAGGAAACCAGGAGAGCAGGAGCGAAUUUCACAAGGGAAUUGCGUGGCGUGUCGACUUCCAAGUCUUCCGCCUUCGUUGGCCCCACCAGUCAGUGACCCAGUCAAUCUCCGGCGAUGGGGGCCGGAAUGAGCAGCGGCCGGCGGCCGAGCUUCUACGGCGGCGGCGGCGGCGGCGGGGUCGGCCGGCCGAGAGGGAUGCUGCCCCUGCUGGCGCUGCAGGUGCUGCUCGAGUACGGCCGCGCGGGCGCCAGCCGGCCCCCCGUGACGGCGGCGCUGCUCGCCGCCAACGCGCUGCUGUACCUCCGCCCAGGCUCCCUCGACGCGCUCCUCCCUUCGCUCAACCGCGUCGCCUUCAACCCUCACCUCAUCAUUCACUACUGUGACCUGACACGCUUCUUCCUGUCGGCUUUCUACCACUUGAGCGAAACUCACUUCUUCUUCAACAUGUCAUCUCUCUUAUGGAAGGGCAUCCAGCUUGAAACAUCCAUGGGUAGUGUUGAGUUUGCCUCUAUGGUUGCUGCAUUGCUUGGCAUGUCACAAGGCAUCACACUACUUUUGUCCAAAGGUUUACUCCUGUUCGGCAAUGAUGAGGCUUAUUAUGAUCAAUAUGCUGUUGGAUUCUCUGGAGUACUAUUUGGUAUGAAGGUCGUGCUGAAUGCCUGGUCAGACGAUUAUGUCUUUCUUCAUGGGGUGGUUAUUCCAGCAAAAUAUGCUGCCUGGGCUGAAUUACUCCUCAUUCAGGCUUUUAUUCCUGGGACAUCUCUUAUUGGCCAUCUCGGUGGAAUACUUGCUGGAUUGGCCUACCUUUGGCUUAAGCGAUCAUUCUCUGGGCCAGACCCGCUUUCUCUUCUGAUUUCAGGAAUUGGAAAAGCUGUGAGAUGGCCAGUAGGGUUUGUUCAGAAGCUUUUCAGGUCUGGCCGUCCUCAGGGUUACACCCCAAGUCGAGGCAGAGUUGGCCGUGGUUCAGCAAGAGAGAAUGGUCGAGGUAUAUGGAGAUGCUCAGCCUGCACUUAUGACAACUCGCCGUCGACAGAUAUCUGUGAAAUGUGCAGCAGUGCACGUGAGGACCAUGCUUUUUCUCAUAGACAGCACCUCCAAGCUGGGGGGAAUGGGGAGCCAUCGGUUGAGGAGAUUCGCCGUAGGAGGCUCGAGAGAUUUUCCAGAUGACGUGAACCAUUGCUCUAGCAAAUCAAGUUUUUUGUGGUACAGGAAGGAAGCUAAUUCUCAUGAAAACUGAAAAAUGCCCUUUCAUGCCUUCCUGUGCUAUUGCUACAUAGCUUCAGAACAUUCUUGUGUCCAAUGAAUACUGAAGUUUUAACUUGCCUAUUCAAGUUUAUUGCUACUAAGUAUUUAGCUCCAUUCUUUAGGAUCCCCUCAUAAUAUAUCUUUAGGUUGUCUCAUCAGCUAUGCCUUCAAAGUAUGUAAUUAUGUCCUUUUUUCUGGAUAAAUGGAGUAUUACAGUAGUUGACUUCGGCA